AGUACUUCAUUUUAUUUUAUUUUUUUGUUUUCUUUCCCUUUUUUUCUUUUUCUUUCUUUUCCUUCCUUUUAUUUGUUAACUCACUUUUAUUUAUUUAUUUUUUUUUAUUCUCACGAAAUGGCACCAACUGGACAUUCCGAACACAAAAACAAUACAGAAGAUAUCAACGAACAAAAGAAAUCAGGUGACGGUACUAACGAACAAUCAAUAGGUGAUCAAUUAGACGAAACUGCUGCGACAAUCGAAAAACCCAAGGUUGAAUAUGACGAUGACAAUCUUACAACAAAACACAACAAUGACAUAUCAUCUACUACUACUACUACUGAUACGAUAGAAGGUGAUGGUUCUAACAACACAGCUUCCGAAGAGGAUAUCAACGCAGCUUGGACUGAAGCUUGGGAUGAUCAGAGUCAAGCAUAUUAUUGGUGGAACACAAUUACUUAUGAAAGCUCUUGGGAAAAUCCAAACGAAUCUACCUCUACUGAAACAACAACACAAUCACAACAAGUAACAACAAAAAACGAAUUAGACUCUGUACUUGACACUAUAGACACAGAAGUAAAGGCAAAAUUGGAUGGAGCAGAAAAGAGUAAUAAUGAUCAAGGAAUGUAUGAUCAAUAUUAUCAAUACAACACUUCAGUGCCAACAACAUCAGAUCAUCUUGGUGCAACUGAUCCUUAUCGAUUCCAAGCAUUCUUCAACACCAAAACUGGACGGUUUCAAACAGCAGGUGAUGUAGCCCAACGAAACCCAGAACAAUAUACUAUCGAAGCCCGUGGAAGAAGACAAAUGGAACAUUACUUUGAUGUAGAUGCAUAUCAAGCUUCAAGGAAUCAAGAACGACAACAGCAACAAGGAAAAAAGCGGACAUUAUCGAAAAAGGAAAUCGAACGGUUCAAGCGUGCUAAAAAAGAAAAGAAGGCAAACAGAAUGCGGGGCUGGUUAAUGGAUUGAUUCAAUAAUCUGUAUAGUUUUAGAUGAUUUAUUAUUUUUAUUAUAUAUAUUCUUGAAAUAAACAUUUGAUUAUUGUCUUCUCCA